AUGUCAAGAAGAUAUCCUGAAGAGUGUGUUAAAUGUAAUGGUUUUUGCAUGUACGCAAGACUUGAAAAAAUAACAACCUCACAACCUCAAAAUAUGAAUAGACAUGUUCAACCACUUAUUUUUAAUGGACCUCGGCACUCUCGUGUUUACAGACCUGAACAAUUUCCUCAGCACCCUUGUAUUAACAGACCAGUUCAACUUUCACAAAUUAUUGAGAUUAACAAUGUUAGUAAUAAAAAUCAUAUCCCAGCUGAGCCUAAUCCACAGAUUCAACACCAUCAAGCCACCAUUAGAAAUUAUCAGAUUCAACCCCAUUGA